GUGCCGGGUGACAUCACCGAGCGAGGUUUGGAGCCACACCAUAGCCUGACAACAGGAUGAACAACCAUUCAAAGCAGACCCUGGUAGAGAUGUUUUGAGCCAAGAUGCCUUUAUUUGAUGAAACUGUGGCAUUUGCUGGACUGUCCAAGCCAUCAGACAUGUCUGGGUUUAUUGUAAAGCCGGUGCUCCAGUAUGGCGGGGCCUUUUUGGCCUACAACCCCCGAGGAAAGGAUGCAGCUGAGUUGACAUCACCUUGGACUAACUCAAGCGCUUCUCUGUUGGAUGCAAGAAGUCCGAUAAGUCAUGCCUCUGGCGCAACAACUGGCGGUGACAAUUCAUCUCUGUUGUAUGACAAUCCCGUUUUCUUAGCGAUUCCAAAAGCUGUGUAUGGACAUAAGCCCUGCUGCCAUGAUCUGGGUUGCAUGAUGGGACAUCAGUACAGCGUGGAGCAAAGAUCCCAGACAGCAGCCAUUGCUGAUUUUGAGCACGGUUGGACUCGAGGGGAGGCUUACCACAACAAAAGAUCACCCAUCCAGCGAAAGGGGCAAGACAAACAGCAAGGUUUACCGUUGCAUCCCAGUGAAGAACAAGUCCAGAGCAUGUCUGCAGAAAGUUUGAGCAGAGGAAGGCCAACUCGAAUGGAGCCAAACUACAGUGGCUACCCCUGUAUGUCUCCUCUCUCCAUGGUAACGUCUUUAAGUGAGCAGAGCAGACAUUUACAGCCUUCCCCUGGAAGCUAUGCAGGCUUUCACCCCUCCCAUGCAACAUAUGAGCAUAUGACCUCAGAGCUUUAUCAAGAAUGUUAUCCCAUGUCCAAAUAUGCCCAUCCAACAAAGCACUCAAUGUUUUACUACCCGCAGGCCAAUGUGGAGGUAGAAAACAGAACACAUUGUCGGGAUAUUGGUGGCAAGCAGAGAGAAGACGUUCCCGUUAUGCGAAAAAGCACAAUUCCAAGCCCGCGGGAGCAUUAUACAUUCCCUCAGACACUUCAUGGUGACAUUCCUUUGUUUUUGCAUAGCACUGAAACACAACCAAAUAACUCCUUCGUGCAGGGCUUCAACUAUCCUUGUUAUGAACGUCCUGGAUUUCCUAACAGUCCAAUCAGAAAUGUAGAAAGGCAGCAUGUACCACCUGGGUUGCCUUCACAUAGAAUCAGUGUUUCGCCAUCAGACCAAUGUUUGUCCCCUGCAGCCAGCCUUCAGAAGAGCAACACCAACCGGCAUGUUGGACCAUUGGACACUUCCCAUUCCUUCCUGCGGAUGGACCCAAACAGUCCAACUCAACAUGUAGGACAAUCUGUGUUGCCUUCCCACAUUCAAAUUAGCAGACUGUAUCCCUCGAUCACCCAUCGACUUGAUCAUCAGAUGGAUCAACCAGUCCUUAAACCUUGUGGCUUGACCAAAGACAGACUGCUGGACUAUUCUUCUAACGUAGGCCAGUUUAUGUGCCCCAAACAUCCCAAAGGCCUCCCAGUUUCCCCAGGGACGCGGCUUACCCAAUCCCCAAAACAUGGGUCAGAUUGCCUCAGCGCAGCUUUAACUAAUGGGCCUAACUUUGGAACAGUCAUUGCGACACGUAAUAAGCACAAUGGACUUGCAUGCAGCUCUGCCACCUCUGUUCUUGAAGGCAGCCUGAAGCGACACUUUCCUUCACUCUUAAAAAUAAAAGAAGAGUCUCUGGAUUUAUGUGAAGUUGACUUGAUUAAAAAGCGGCAAAAGUUGGAAAUUGAGGGGGUCCUCAAACGAAAUCAAGAGGAGUCCCCUGAAAUGCCAGUUAUUGAUAAUGUGUUUAGCCUGGCACCUGACCUAGGAUACCUAAAAACAUCUGGAGUGUUACUUCCAGACGUACAACCUGGGGGAAGCAUGCUGAUGCUGUUGGCCGAGCACUGUAAAGUCAAACCCACAACACCCCUUAAAGAAAUAAAACCUGAUCCGGUUGAACAACCCAUCCAUGUCUGUCCACAGAGGCCUGAUGUACAAUUGAUUGAACCCACAAAGAUCAAAGUGGAAAAGAUAAAUCAAUCAGACCCAUGUGAUGCUCGUGAAAAUUCUCUUAGUCAGGCUGCUUGCAGCACAAUACAGGAUCAAAUCAAACUGCAACCUGAAGAUGCAAGUUUGUCAGACACCAAGUCCAUGCUGGUCAUUCAGAUAUGUGAACCUGAAAAACUUGAACAUAAACCUUCAUCACUAGAGGCCGACGAUCCUUUACAUACUUCCAAACCUCCAAACUCACCCUCUGUGUGUAAUGCCAGGACACCAGAGGAGAAGGUAUUCAAAACUGAGCCCAAACCGGUCAGUCCACUUGAACCACUUAAAGUCAAAUUAGAUAUCAAAACGGUUCCACCUGAGUGCCUAAUUCUUAGCUCCACCUACAAUAUCUGGCCCCCUGAUAUGAAGGUCUGUCGUCCGGCAGCACCACAAGAAACACGUGUGCAAAUUCAAGAGGAAUCAUCACCAACAAAACAGAAACCACAAUCUGUUCGUAAGCAUUUUUUAGAGCUGCAUCGCACUCUCUGCAAGCAGGUAUCCAAAUGCGUGUCUAACACCUCCGAGCAACAGCUCCGAACCUGGCGGUCUCAACUGGAACUGGUGGAACCCUCAUCAACCAAAGUCCAGAAGGUCUCCUGCUUAUUGGGCAUUAAAGCCAGGCACAAGUGGCUCAAUAAGGAGAUCAGCUCUGCUCUUCAGGAGGUGCUGGAUAGGUUCAGGGAAUACAUCAUACAUGAGCGCUGCCCUUUUCCACACGUCAUGAGAACCGGGGCGGUGUUCCUCCCCAUGCUGGUGAUAAAAGAAAUUCUUUUUCCCGUGGUGCCCGGCAACUUCAUCGACCAAGUCCUGCAAGAACACAAAGUGGAACUACGACCCACGACACUCUCCGAGGAGAAGAUCCUCAUUCAGCUCCACAAACCCUGCUCGUCCCGUCUCAGGAGGCUGAUGUCACUCAAACACCUGCCCAACGUCUACACCGACGUGCUCAACCUCUUGUAUUACUCCAAUGUCUGCAAGCACCUAGAAUCAACGUCACCUGAUGUCCAAAAGACUACCCAGGAGUAGACAUGGAGGCUUGGGAAGACUCGGACAUCAUCAGCAGCUCCUCACCAGCCGAGGACCCCAAAGGCAAAUCCUGCGAGAGAAACACCACAAAGACAAAAAGCAGGGUGAAGAGCAGCUCGAGGCGUACAUUUCUGGACAACAGCUGGUCCGAUGAUGAAGACGAUGACUCAGGAAAGCAUAUUGAAAACGAAUCGGGCAAGAAAGCCGGCAGUGAAGCAGCGUCACCCGCCGGCCUGCACGAAACACCCUCAGACAAUUGCUGGACUCUUCCUUUAACUUCAGAAGACUUUCCUGACAGUGAUGUUGAACCUGAGAAGUCUUCCAGUUUCCCGGCAGUUUGCCAUCCCACAGAUUCCCCCGUAUUCCAGCUGGUGUCUCGGAACGGUUCGGGAAUGAUUAUUAAGCUGAAGAGGGAGGCUCGCAACCAAGCGGUGUCGGUCAGCGCGGACGAGGUCAGCCGAGUGACCUUUAAAUGGCAGAGGACGGGAAGAUUGGGCCAGACCUUGCGUCCUCUCGGCGGCACACAAAAGCGGAAGAAGAGAUCGCUUUUGAAAAUCAAGUACUGCCCCUACCUGUCGGCCUGCCACAGCACCGAGCACAGGCGGCGCUGGGUGCUGCGCUCGGCCGUGCGCCGCGCCGCCGCGGCCUUGAGGCUCGCUUACCCGGACCUGGUGGGCAAGCGGAUCCGCCACCUGUACGAGGAGGACGACAAGUCCGAGGUGUGGUACAGAGGGGAGGUGGUGCGGGUCCACGAGGCCCACAGGGACCCUCUGAAGACCGUCUUUGAGGUGCGCUACGACAGCGAGCCCGAGUGGAAGUACUACCUGGAGCUGCUCAUUGACUACAAGAAAGGAUGGCUCAUCAUAGAAGAGGACAAGUAAGAGAUAAUGCCACUACGCUGUCAUCAGGGCUCAACACUCACCAGAGACAUAGACAUUUAAUAUUUAGAACUAGCGAGGUCUUUUGGAUUCAAGGUAAACGUCUUAAACAAGAGUCCAGGUACAGAUUCUCAUUUACAAUGGCGACGGGGCGGCAAAGUUUAAGUAAACUAAAAGCAAAAACAAACACUAAAACAACAAACUGUACAGUGUCAUCCAUCCAUCCAUUUUCUGUACCGCUUAUCCUCACGGGGGUCGCCGACGUGCCCAGCUAUCUUCGGGCAAGAGGUGGCCCAAAUUUGGCCCCCGGGCCUGAGUUUGACAUGAAGUACAGUAUCCCUCACUAACCUUUCAAACGAUAUUGGGAAAGAAAGGACUUUGGCAAUGAAGAGGUUAAAAAAUGCUGGUUGACUUAAGCCAAAGGUUAUGAGUUUGUAUUAUUGUUAUUUGCAGUAACAGUAAGUUAAUUGUUCAAAAUUAUGGUUUGCGUUAUGAUCAAGCCAUUAUUGUCAAAAUGUUGUUGUGCCCUUGUAACGUACAAGCACUAGUUAACUGUAAAUGUGCUAUGUGGCUAUGGCUGGGGACAUACCAAGACAUGCCAUGGUUUGCUGGCUAGCAAUAGGCUGCGAUUCAACAUUGCAAGUUUGUUUGGUGGGCUCUGUGUGCAUAUCUGGAGAUGAAACGGGUAGCCUUCAACGUAACAUUCUAAGAUAGGUUUUAAUAAUUUUUAUUUAUUUUUUUUAAUGUUCCAUCCCUUCAAAGUUUGUUUUGCCUUCCAUGGUGAAAACCAUCAGCGUUACCUAAAGCGCGAAACCCUGUUUGAAAUAUGGCGGCCUCCACCACUUUUGCAACUGUUGCCCACAGCGUACACAAACGCAAUUUAGCGUCCGCUAUUUGAGAUCUUGGUAAAUCAGGCCCUAUGUCAUGCUUAACUGUUUUCACACUUUUACUACAAACUGAGCAGGGAAAAGGUUUCUCUCGAGUGAGUGUUUUUGUAUGUCUUCUCCAUUGUCACUGAAAGAAACUGUUACACAUUGUCUUUAUGAAGGCAUCUUUUGUAUUAUUGGAUCUUAUUAGAUUGUGUGCACCUGAUCUGUCUGUUGAGUGCAUGAACCAAUUGUCAGGACAUUGUUAAAAAGACAGUCUGACUGUUCCAGGUGGCUGAUGAAAGGUCAAUUCUGAACAAAGUAGCAUUUGAUACUGUGUUACUUAAGGCUGGACAGAUGUUAAGUGCGGUGCUAACAGCAUGUGUCAUUGAUAUAAGGCCUGGGGCCCCAUUGUAUUUUAUAUCAACUGUCUUAG